CUUUCUUUGGCACAUCCUGAUGACGAUACCAAGAAGUAAUAGUCCCCAGGCCCGAGAAGCCCCUCUCACUGGACCAAACGCCUUUGUCAUUGCUUGUUUCUUGGCUGUUGCGAUGUACAAUUUCAUCGAACUCAAUUACUGUAUCUUGAUCACCUUCCAGAGAUGGGGUGGGCUGUAUUUCUGGAGCUUUGUCGCCGCCACAUGGGGUAUAUUGCCAUACACUAUCGGUUUCACCCUCAAGAACUUUCGGCCGGAGACCAAUCCGUACAUAUACGUCACACUGAUAGUCGUGGGAUGGUGGCCGAUGGUAACGGGGCAGUCUUUGGUCCUAUACUCGCGACUACACCUUGUCCUGCGGCAUCCGAGGAUUCUUCGGGCUGUUCUUAUCGCAAUCUAUGUCGACGCGGUUAUUUGUUACGUACCGACGACCAUUCUGGUUUACGGCUCUAAUUCAUCUAACCCAGGCCCUUUCGUUAACCCAUAUUCAGUAUGGGAAAAGGUCCAAGUGACAAUCUUCUUCCUUCAAGAAUUGGUCAUAUCGGGCCUUUAUAUUCUCGCAACAACAAAGUUCCUGCGAGUCACCGCUAUCACCAGACGUGAUGGGCAUAGGGACGUGAUGCGACAUCUGAUUGGCGUGAGCAUUUUGAUCGUUAUCCUCGACAUUACCAUCCUUGCAUUCGAGUAUGCCAAUCUCUACAGCCUCCAGACCAGCUACAAAGCUCUUGCAUAUAGCGUCAAACUCAAGCUGGAGUUCAGUAUCCUGAACCGUUUGGUCGCUGUUAUGCAAGGACGGAGAGGUAGCUCUUCCACCGGAGCCGCGAGAGCCAGUUCUUCUACUGGAGUUCCGAGUUCAAGUACAUAA